AUGGGUGUGAUGUAUGGCGAGGUUUCCCAGAACGAUAAUGACGAUGACGAUCGAAAUGGUAGAAAUGGUGGCGCAUCACCUUCAACACCAUUCUCGCUAGCGCGCUCCUCGUCGCCCAUGCCUUUCCUCCCAACUGUCGAAUCGACUUUUACUCCUCUUUCAAUGGAUAGCGAUACAUAUUCGAGAAUUGGGGUAGGUGCUGAAAGUGAGGGCCGUGAUGUGUCUGGAAGUAAUUCUCAAGGGAGGAAGAGCCACAAUAAGUUAGCUGCUGGCACGGCCACAACCAGGACCAGGGCCAGUAUGAGCGGUAUGAGCAUCGGCGACAUGGUCCAAUCGUUAUCACCGGCACGAGCCACACGUAACAAUCGUAACGAAUACGGUCUUUUAUCUCCUGACACUGCCUUCUCGUCUCCUUCGUCUAGCCCACGCCCAGACGACAUCAGUUCCAACCCAGAUUCUAAUAAUAUUUAUUCCGAGAAGAAAUCCGCGUCGAAUUAUGUCGAAACUGCCUAUUCAAGUUCGAAAUGGACCAAUGGUGCCUCGACUAGAGAGUCACUAGUAAAUAAGACGUUGUCUCAACAUCAACAGCAAGAACCACCACAGCCUAUAAUACUCCAGCCGAAACCCAUUGUUCGCACUGCCUCUACAAAAAGUGUUUCCUUGCGCCAUCCUACUCCCGAUCUAAAUCCACGGACUAUCUCUUAUGCAAAUAAUAUCGCCCAGUUAGAGGCCACGGCUGAAAAGCUGUCGAUGACUUCAUCAAUCGAGGAUGCAAUUCGAGACUUACACGACGAACAGAAACGCAACGAAAGCCGACGGUCAUCAAUCCUAGCCGUAAGCAUAGGUUCGAUUCCUGAAAAUAACGAACCGGUGUCUUUCCCUGCGAUUAAGCCGCUCUCAACCACCAGCUCCAUACUAGAUACUAAUAGCGCGGUACGCUACGGUGGUUAUUCCCCUGCUGGAUUUAUAAUGUCGUCAGACCCUUCCCUGGUUUCUAAUCCAACGCGGAUGCGAUCCGGUUCUGGUCCUCUAUCGCGACCCGAAUCUGAGGUUGGUAACGUCAUGUCAAGGCACGGACCUGGGAAGACUUCUACACGGAGCGUUAAGUCGGCAUCUAAGCCGACCUUAACAGAUAUUGCUGAGAUGGAGCCUACUACGCUUACACCAGCGGCUAUGGACGAAGCUGAUAAAUUGGCCGAAGAACCGGUAGAUGAGACAUUACGAAUACCCCAGAUGGAGGACAUCGAUCUUACGCCCAAUGCAGAACAGUUCGGGAUGUCGAGCAGCCAUGAUUAUUGGAGCCAUGGUGUUACUGAGACACAAGAAGGAUACGGUCAUAACGGUGAUGAUAUCAGGCCUCCAACUGCUGGGUCUACUGGCACGUAUGAGCAGGCGGAGAGAGCAUUCGCAGAUUUUGAUGGAGCAUAUUGCCCAUCCGACGUUGACCUGGAGGAUUCGCUAUUUAUGCCCUCGUUCUCUAACGGACCAUCAAUAAAUGCCCCCUUCCUACGACCUUUCGACUCUACUUCAUCAAGGAUGCGAGAGGAGCCAGGCUAUUCGAAACCUACCAUAUCCAGACCAAUCGCUCCACCAACCGUUAGGCCAAAGUCGUACAUGGAUCCCGAAACAGGCCAAACCAUGCUCUAUUACCCAGCGCGUGUUCCUUUAAUGCUCAACUUGCCACAAAAACUCUCCAAAAAGCCUAAAGCUGAAGCGCGGGACGCUCGUAGAUCGCAGGUCCUGAGCAAAAUGUCGGAACCGGACCGCAAAUCUGGCACCCUUUGGCUACCAGAGUAUUUGCCCGAACCUCCACUCGAACCCAUGGGGCCUACCACCGAAUCUUUCGUCCCUGUGCCGCUGACUAGUUCGGACGCAGACCCGCAAAUCCAACCGGCUACGGAUGGCCAACGUGACUCUCAAUUUCUCUCUCAGUCCGGCUACGGACAAGGGAAUGACGAAGUGCAUGGGCCCCGUACUUCGGCUCUCGAUCCAGACAAACGGAAGUCAAAGAUACCUAAUCUCGACGGCUUACCACCACAACUACGUGCCAGUGCUUUUUUCGACCUACCUUCCGAGCCAUCACCCACUAUCCAGCUUAAAGAUGGCUCUGCAAUGGCCACCCUAGACAGUAUUUUAGACGCCUCUGCCAAGGCGCCUGUUUCUGCUUUUACGGAUCACGCGUUCGCAGGAACGUUAGGAUCAGAGGUAUACGGGACAGAAAAGAAGCGCAAGUCACAUAUGAAACGCGCCAGCGCUACCGAUUUGCUAGAGCCUAAGAAGCGAAGCUCUUUUCUACACCUCCGAAAGCUGAGUGCUCUUAGCCGACAUUCAGAAUCUCAAGAGGUGCGCCGGAAUACCAUCGCCGGAGGUACAAAGAUCAACGAGGGUCUAGACGCUAAAGCAGAAGACGAGGAAAGAGAACAUUUAGCUGGUUCUAUCGACGGCGAAGCGGUACCAAAUCACGCCGAUGAAGAUGGAGAAGGUGACGAGGAGCUAGUAUAUAAUGGACCCCCGACGACUUUAUUGGCCGAGCUCCAGAUGCGAAAGCAGCAACAGAAAUUGCGCACUCGACCGGCUGCUACUGCUUUCCCUAACGGCUUGCACUCUACACUACUCGAGAUGGAUACGGUCGCUCAGAUCGAAAGUGACGCACGCAAAGGCAAGAAAGUAAAUCUUGCGUGGGAAGACCCAAGCGCGAAUCCAGCUACCAAUUCGGACGACGAAGAUACGCCGUUAGGACUGCUUAUGGCCGCGAAGGGACAAGGUAAUGAUAUCACGGCCGCGAUCGCUGAGAUCAAUCGGCCGCUUGGUUUGAUGGAACAGCGUGAGUUGGAAGAUAGCGAACCCUUAAGUCAACGUCGUGACCGACUCCAAGGAAGAGAGGUUAGCUCAAUGAAACGACAAAGCAUGAUGACACUUGGUCAGGGUCUCCACAAUGGGAGUAAUAGCCUAGGGGCCAUAAGCCCACAACUCCGUUUGCACACUCCCGAGGAAGAGGAGCUUGAAGGUGAAACUCUCGGGGAGCGUAUGCGGCGUCUAAGAUCGCGUGAGCAAGCGGAUAAUCCUCUUCCUCAAGCCAGACCCGUCAGUUCUGCAUUUUCAAUGGAACUUUUGAGCCAGCUAGGCGAGGCGUUUAAGGAGGAUGAAAGCGAUGACAAGAACCAGGAUAAGCGAAAAUCUCAGCUUAAAGAAGAAGAAGAGACAUUAGGACAGCGCCGCCGCCGCCUGCAAGCAGAACGAGAAGCUCGCGAACAAGGGACAGCUGGCAACCUGCUUAGUGGUGGGGUUGGCGACGCACGAAAACUUACGAACCGGCAUUCACUUGCUGAUGUGCUUGGCACGCGCGGGUCGAGGACUCUUCUGCGUGAUCCUAGGGCAGAGGCAGAGAAAGUAAAACAACAAGAAGCUGCCCGAUAUAGGCAAGAUCAGGAUCAGAAGAUGGCUAUACUCCGUGGUCAGAUGCCUUCUAGUCUUAGUACACCAAAUUUAAAUCAACCCGGGGGGUACAUGUCUGGUCGAUUCAACGACGGUACAGGCGGCGGAAGUGGCUAUGCACGAACCAGCACAGCUUUAGGUGGCUAUCCUAAUCAAAGCAUGGGAGCAAGCGGCGGUAUGAUGGGCAAUACCUACCUUGCGGGUGGAACUAUAGGUGGCCCGAUACCCCCCUAUGGUAUUACCAACGGACUUGGUGCCCAAGUGAGCACCCCUUACGGGAUGCAAGUACAGCCACCCGCUCAAAUGGAUAGAGUAGAGCGAUGGAGACAGAGCGUUUUGCCUUAG